AUCCCCGCCAGGCGGAGCCCGCGGCAAGAGCGGCGCUCUAGCCCAGCCGGUUCGGUGGUUCCGUCUCUACGGUGCCCGCACCGCUCACCCGCGCGGCACCGCCCCCCGUGGUCACACCACUCGCCCGGCCGGCGCUGCGUCAGCCACACAAGAUGGAGACCGCCGAGGAAGAUAUAUGCAGAGUCUGUCGAUCUGAAGGAACUCCUGAGAAACCUCUCUAUCAUCCAUGUGUUUGUACUGGCAGUAUUAAAUUUAUUCAUCAGGAAUGCUUAGUUCAGUGGCUUAAACACAGCAGAAAAGAAUACUGUGAACUAUGUAAGCACAGAUUUGCUUUUACACCAAUUUAUUCCCCAGAUAUGCCUUCACGGCUUCCAAUCCAAGACAUCUUUGCUGGACUGGUUACGAGUAUUGGCACAGCAAUACGAUACUGGUUUCAUUAUACACUUGUGGCCUUUGCAUGGUUGGGAGUAGUACCUCUUACUGCAUGUCGUAUCUACAAGUGCUUGUUUACUGGCUCUGUGAGCUCACUACUGACACUGCCAUUAGAUAUUCUGUCAACGGAGAACUUACUGGCUGACUGUUUGCAGGGCUGUUUUGUGGUCACAUGCACUCUGUGUGCAUUUAUCAGCCUUGUGUGGUUACGUGAACAGAUUGUUCACGGAGGAGCACCACAGUGGUUGGAACAAAAUCAGCAACAGCCACUCAAUGGUGUUGGUCAACAAAAUGAGGCUCAGGCUGUUGUAAAUGGAGGUGUUGAAAAUGCUGUGCUUGAUCAACCUGCUAACCAGGCUGCUGAGAAUGUAGUUGUAGGUGAGAACCCUGAAAUUCAAGAAGAGCAAGUAGAUGAGGAGGAGGAGGAUAACGAAGAUGAAGAAGAUGCUGUAGUAGAAGAUGCAGCAGAUGCAAACAAUGGAGCACAAGAUGACAUGAACUGGAAUGCUUUGGAAUGGGAUCGAGCAGCAGAAGAGCUUACUUGGGAGCGAAUGCUUGGACUUGAUGGAUCUCUUGUCUUUUUGGAACAUGUCUUUUGGGUGGUAUCUUUAAAUACAUUGUUCAUACUUGUGUUUGCAUUUUGUCCAUACCACAUUGGUCACUUCUCCAUUGUUGGCCUGGGCUUUGAGGAAUACGUUCAAGCAUCUCACUUUGAGGGCCUGAUUACAACUAUAGUCGGAUACGUUCUACUAGCAGUGACUCUAAUUGUUUGUCAUGGUUUGGCAGCACUUGUUAAAUUCCAGCGAUCGCGUCGUUUAUUAGGAGUUUGCUAUAUUGUUGUCAAGGUUUCCUUGUUAGUGGUGGUUGAAAUUGGUGUGUUUCCUCUCAUCUGUGGUUGGUGGUUGGAUAUAUGCUCUUUGGAGAUGUUUGAUGCCACUUUGAAAGACAGAGAAUUGAGCUUUCAGUCUGCCCCAGGUACCACAAUGUUUCUGCACUGGUUAGUUGGAAUGGUUUACGUCUUUUAUUUUGCAUCCUUCAUUCUUUUACUGAGAGAGGUAUUGAGACCUGGUGUCUUAUGGUUUCUCAGGAAUUUGAAUGAUCCAGACUUUAAUCCUGUGCAGGAAAUGAUUCACUUGCCCAUUUAUAGACAUCUCAGGAGGUUUAUCUUAUCAGUGAUUGUCUUUGGAUCAAUUGUACUGCUCAUGCUCUGGCUUCCUAUACGCAUUAUUAAGUACCUUCUGCCUCACUUUCUUCCAUACAAUGUUAUGCUAUACAGUGAUGCUCCAGUAAGUGAACUUUCCCUAGAGCUCCUUUUGCUUCAGGUGGUGCUUCCAGCUUUGCUAGAACAAGGUCAUACAAGACAGUGGUUGAAAGGUCUUGUGCGAGCAUGGACUGUUACUGCCGGAUACUUGCUAGAUCUCCAUUCUUACCUACUUGGUGACCAGGAAGAGAAUGAAAACAACGUGAAUCAGCAGCCUAACAACCAGCAUGCUCGCAAUAAUAAUGCCAUUCCAGUUGUGGGAGAAGGUCUUCAUGCAGCCCACCAAGCCAUACUUCAACAAGGAGGACCUGUGGGUUUCCAGCCUUAUCGUAGGCCUUUAAAAUUCCCACUCAGGAUAUUUCUUUUGAUUGUUUUCAUGUGCAUAACAUUACUGAUUGCUAGUCUUAUCUGCCUUACCUUGCCAGUAUUUGCUGGACGAUGGUUAAUGUCAUUUUGGACGGGGACUGCCAAAAUCCAUGAACUGUACACAGCUGCUUGUGGUCUUUAUGUGUGUUGGCUAACUAUCCGAGCAGUGACGGUGCUGGUCGCCUGGAUGCCACAGGGUCGUAGAGUGAUUUUUCAGAAGGUGAAAGAAUGGUCUCUCAUGAUAAUGAAGACAUUAAUAGUGGCUAUACUGCUAGCUGGUGUGGUUCCACUUUUGCUGGGUCUCCUGUUUGAACUGGUCAUCGUUGCACCUUUGAGAGUUCCUUUGGAUCAAACACCUCUCUUUUAUCCUUGGCAGGACUGGGCUCUUGGAGUUCUACAUGCCAAAAUAAUUGCUGCCAUAACACUGAUGGGUCCCCAGUGGUGGCUGAAAACUGUUAUUGAACAGGUAUAUGCAAAUGGGAUUCGUAACAUUGAUUUACACUUCAUAAUCCAAAAACUGGCAGCACCUGUAAUCUCUGUUCUGUUACUUUCCCUGUGUGUACCGUACAUCAUCGCUUCUGGUGUUGUACCUCUAUUAGGAGUUACUGCUGAAAUGCAAAACCUAGUCCAGCGACGGAUUUAUCCUUUUCUGCUUAUGGUGAUGGUUUUGAUGGGAAUUCUCUCCUUCCAAGUCCGCCAAUUCAAGCGCCUUUAUGAACAUAUUAAAAAUGACAAGUACCUUGUUGGGCAACGACUUGUGAAUUACGAACGGAAGUCUGGUAAACAAGGCACAUCAACAACUCCACCUCAGUCUUCACCAGACUAGAUGGUCAUAUUAAACAUGUUGACCUUCCCUUUGCCUUUACAUGUCCUUUUUUCAUAGACUCUUCUUCAGUCUUUGGAUAUCUCUCAAUAAUACUCUCAGCAGUGUUUGGGCUUCUGUUAGUAGCAUCCAGAUAGCAGUUAAGGCUCUGUUCCUUAUCUGCAUUUUCUGAUGUUAUCAAUGCUGUCUGAGGUCUGUAUAUGUGUAAAUAGAAGUAUCCUGACACCCUAAAACCUCGGAUUAAAAAGAAUGUGCAUUGUACAUCUUUAAAAAAGUAUAUUAAUUUAUUAAAUCUAGUUGUCACUUUAUUUUGGACUGCUGUUCUGUUGACAAUGUGCCACAAAGCAAUAGUGCAGAGGCAAGAUGUUUUUAUAAAAUUUGGAGCUUACUUUAUGGUGUUCAUAACAGUUCUUAUUGUAGUAAUAUAGUAUGAUUUUUUCAUGAGUGGAAAGGCCACACAGCAAAUAUCAAAAGUAAAUAACUGUCCUUACAGUCAGCAAUGAAGUGACAGUGGUGAGAACAUAAUGAACUAUGUAUCUUGCUGUCAAGUCUUUUUUAUUAUUUUGUAUAACACCAAAGCUGUUGUACAUUUUCUAUUGCCUGAUUGUUUUUCAUGUGUCUGAGUUUGUAAUAUUGUACAGUUGCUGUUAAAUCAAGAAUAUAUUUCCUCUCUAAGAAUUCAGAUGUACUUGUUGAGGCUCAGCUGGGUUUUUCUGUUUGGUUGCGGGGCAGGGGGGGCAUUGGCUUUGGGAAUCAGAAUUUCCUGAAUUGAAAUGGUAAGGAAAAAAUUUAUUAAGGCUAGGUGAUGAAAGCAUUUGAAGGUAACAAGGAAAAUUAGGUAGGUUUACAACUUAAAUUGUAGCCAAUUUUUUAACAAUAAUAGAAUUUGUGAGGACCUCAAAAGCAGGGAGGAACCUUAGCUGAUGUGUUUGCACAGAAACAUAGAGCAUAAUGUACGCAACAUUCUGACAUGGUCCUUAGUUAAAGAGCUUGAAAUAAUUUUUCUGUAAGUAACCAAAGUUGCAAAUUGUAGUAUGGAUUUUAUAUUGCACAAUUACUUGAAAAAAAAAAAAAAAAAGAAAAAAAGAAAAA